UAGUGGUUCUGAGUGUUCUGACUACACUGAGUACUGAGUAGUAACAUACUAACAUAGUGCUAUAGUAGCAACUAGCAAAUACUAUAUACGGUCGUACUAACAUAGUGCUAUAGUAGCAACUAGCAAAUACUAUAUACGGUCGUAUAUAGUAUCUGAUAGAAGACAGUUCAACAGGAAUUGUAGUGAUAUAGUAGGUAGGUAAGUAAGAACGAAGUUGAAGAGUGUAGACACUUGUGGACUGUCACUUUUUGUAGUUGUUGUAAAUUCAGUUACUUAUUAUAACUUCCAGAUAGGUAAUACCAUUAUAAUUAUAAGAAGCCUCAAAAAUAUGUUUUCAACACUGAAACGUUUGGCAAACAAAACCGUAGAAAAAGAUACAACUGUUAAUACAACUUCUCAUCCAAAAGCAUUGCCUCAGGAUUUACAACGAUCUUUUUCUAAAGGAAUUCAAUACAACUUAAAAUUAGUUAUUAAAGGAGAUAGAAAUGUUGGUAAAACUUGUUUAUGGAACCGUUUACAAGGAAAGCCAUUUCUAGCAAAUUAUGAAGAGACAGACGAAAUCCAAGUUGCUCAUAUUCAAUGGAAUUAUAAGAACACAGAAGAUGUUGUAAAAGUUGAAGUAUGGGAUGUAGUUGAUAAAGGAAAAAGACGACCAUUAUCGUCUUCAAAGUCAUGUGAUGUUCUAAAAACGGAGCAUGAUAAAGUUAAAUUAUCUCCUAUACCAGUAGAAGAUACUCCAGUUCUAGAUGCCGAACUAGUUGAUGUUUACCGUUGUACAAAUGGUGUCUUACUAGUAUUGGAUAUCACUAAAAGAUGGACAUUGGAUUACGUAUACAAUGAACUUCCUAAAAUUCCAGAUAAUAUUCCAGUAUUAGUAUUAGGUAACCAUUGUGAUAUGAACCAUCAUCGAAGUAUCAAUGGAGAGGAAAUUAUUUAUCAUUUGAAGACUCUAGACAGGGGUACACCUAUCCGGUAUGCUGAAGUUUCAAUGUCAAAUGGUUUUGGUUUACGGCUAAUUUAUAAAUGGAUUGGUAUUUCAUUUUUGCAACUCCAACGGGAAAACAUAAUAAAUCAUUUAGAAACAAAUGGAAGUGAAACAAAAAUUAUGACCAUGGAGUUGGAUGUUUAUCAGCAGAGUAAUGAAGCAAAUUAUGACGAAUUUUUAUCUAGAUUAUCUAAACAACGAAGAGCUGAUGCGGAAAAUAAAUCAGUGGCCCCUACUUUACCUUUACCUUUAUUAAAUAAACCAUCACCAAAUAUAAAAGAUGUUAAAUCUCCAGUUGAAAAUUCAAAAAUUAUAGAUUCCAAAACUCAAGAUAUUGCACAAAAAAUGUUUCCUGGAAAUAAGUCUAAUGUAGUGCAAACAGAAUUAAGGAAAGAUAUCAAAACACUUAAAGAAGAACCUUUUAUAAAAACUCCUUCGAUAAUAAACAUUAACAACUUGGAUGACUUUGUUCCUGAUGAUGAAUUAGAUAAAUCAUUUUUAGAAGAUUCAGGUCAUGGGGAUAUUGUUGUUAAAACAUCUAAAGAAACAGAGAUACAUUCUGAUGAAAGUGACGAUGAUUGUGGAAAUCCAAUGGUAGCAGGUUAUCAAGCCGAUGUAGAUCCUGAUGAUUUUACGCCAGAUAUUGAUAGAAUUAAGAUUGAAAAGAACAAUGUUGAAUCAAAUGAUAUAAACAAUUGGUCCUCUAUUCAAAAUACUACAAGACCAAGACCAGAAGGUGGUGAAGAUGAAGAAUCCAAACAACGUGUAGAUGGAUUAAGUAAUGUUAGUAAAAAGGUAAAAGAAAAAAAAGCCAAGGGUAAAAAUGAAAAAAAGAAUAAAAAGAAGACUAAUAGUCCUAAAUCCGAGUAUGAGAAUUUGGAAUGUUUUUUGAAUGAUGAUUAAUAUGAUUGAUGUUUGUUUUUUAUACUAAUAAAAUAUUUAUUGUUUUGUUUUGUUUUAAAUAAAUUUUACUACAUUAACAUUUUUGUUAAAUUUCUUAA